CACUGUUUCUGAGAGCAGUCACUUUGUGCAUAUAUUGCCAAAUGUUAGGCUUGUCUCCAAUCAUCUCCGCCCAUAUCUCUAACGAUUGGGAACUAGAUGGGUUCUGUUAUGUUGUAGUGGAAAAUUACUCUGCACCGAAGAUAGUACCUAAUUUGGAGUGCAUUCAUGACUUCCCACAAUUCCCCCCCCCCCCCCCAACUAGUACUAACUAAUAAUAAUUAAUGGUUUUCUUUGGGGUGAAUCUUAAGUUCUAGUCAAUUAGGGAUCAAAUGUUUAGGAGUUAUUAGCUUCAAUAAAUUUGGGUACCUCAGAUCAAUGAAGAAGACCACGAGGGGAAGUGCACAACUAAAAUUUUUCUGCUUAGAUAUGAACUAUAGUGGACUAAAGCUGAUGUGGGUCCCAAUUCAAUUUUUCUGUUUAGAAUUUAGAUGCAUUAUGUGGGUCCCAAUUCAACUUGAAUUUUCCAACAAACUAAGACCUCUACCUUGUUCUUUCUGUCACAGUAACGUCCUUUUUCAUCCCGGAAUCAAGAAGGGCUACAAAUCAUGCAUGACCUUAUUUUUGAUUCACACCCUAUUUUGUGAAAAUUUGACUUUGUGUAUGGAAAGCUGGUUUCCACCGUUUCCUUUUAUUGUUGGUUCAUGAUUUCUCUGGAAACCUUCUUGAUUAGACCCGGAAGAAGAAAAAAACACAAGAAAACAAAAAUGGGAAAGGGAUUUCUCUGGAAACCUUCUUGAUUAGACCAGGAAGAAGGAAAAAGCACUGGGAAAGGCGAUAUGGUGAAUACCCUAAGAAAAGAGAGGGAGGCAAAAACUGUGGCUGAUACAUGGCCUGUUAAGUUUGGGUUGAUACCCAUAUUGAUAAAUAACUCAAGUGCAUGACCUUCACUUGAGGAACACUCAAGACUAUAUACCUCCAUAUUCAUAGAGUUUCCAAUACCCAGAUGGGUUUCGCAAUGGCAUCUUUGCCAUUUCAUCUCUCGCUGUGUUUUCUUGUUCUCUUGUGCUUAGGUUCUGGCUUUCCUCGAACAGCUGGAGCGGUGCUCAGUGGGAAUGAGACUGACCGAUUAGCCUUGCUUGCAUUCAAGGAUGAAAUAACCAGUAUUAAUCCCUUUGGGGCUUUGAGUUCGUGGAAUCAAUCUUUCCAUUUCUGCCAGUGGAGUGGUGUAACAUGUGGACGUCUGCACCAAAGGGUCAUUGUGCUAGACCUUGAUGAUCAACACCUAUCAGGGUCCAUUUCGCCUCACAUUGGAAAUUUAAGCUUCCUUAGGGAGAUAUGGUUGGAUAACAAUAGCUUAAGUCAUCAAAUCCCCCUGGAACUUGGUCGUUUGCAGAGACUGCAAAUAUUGUCUUUGAGCAAUAAUUCAAUUGGUGGCAAAAUUCCCGCCAAUAUAUCUGCUUCUUCUUGCCUUACUAGGGUGCACUUAUCUUUAAAUAGGCUGGAAGGGCAAAUCCCAGAGGAGCUUGGUUCCUUGUCAAACCUCAAGGUACUGAAUGUUGAAAAAAACAAUCUAACAGGAGUUGUCCCGCGUACUUUGGGAAAUCUAUCAUCUCUCCAAACUUUUAAAGCCCUCCAAAAUAGUAUUAGUGGGAAUUUACCUGACGUGCUGGGCAGACUGACAAACCUUAGAGGUUUUGGAAUUGCAAAUAACAGGUUAGUUGGUACAAUUCCUUCCUCAAUCUUUAAUCUUUCCUCUAUCCGAGCUUUUGAUGUAGGAAGGAAUCGAAUUCAAGGGAGCUUUCCAUCAGAGCUAGGCAUAAAUCUUCCUAAUCUCGAAUUUCUUGGAGCUAGUAGUAACUUGUUUACUGGAUCAGUUCCUUUUUCACUUUCCAAUGCCUCCAAGCUACAAAUUGUUUCAAUGGGAAACAAUAAAUUCACUGAUUCCAUCCGCAAUUUCUCCACUAAUCUGCGUAUACUUGCCUUGGACAACAACAAAAUAACUGGAAACAUCCCAAGUGGGAUAGGUAGUCUGAUCAAUUUGGUAGGAAUUUAUUUGUGGAACAACGAAUUUACUGGUGAAAUCCCACCUGAUCUUGGGACGUUUUGCCAGCUACAAGAGUUGAGUCUUUCCGGUAACAAGUUCUCUGGGAAAAUCCCAAUGUUUUUGGGAAACUUAAGUUUGUUAGCCAAACUUUAUUUGGAAGAAAAUUACUUCGAUGGAAACAUCCCUUCAAAUCUAAGGAAUUGCAAACUGUUGGAAGUUUUAAGUGUUGAUCGUAACAAUCUUACUGGUACCACACCUAGAGAAGUUGUAAGUCUCUCAUCAAUGUUGAAUCUCACUGCAUCUGAGAACCAUUUGACUGGUUCACUUCCUAUAGAAGUUGGAAGUAUGAAAAAUCUGGAAGUAUUGGAUGUUUCUAAUAACAUGUUGUCUGGUGAAAUUCCAUCCACCCUCAGCAGCUGCGUAAAAUUGAGAUUGUUGCUUGUGGAGGCCAAUAACUUCCAAGGGACCGUUCCCUCAUCUUUUAGUAAUUUGAGAGGUUUGGAGGAACUAGAUCUUUCUCGCAAUAGUCUCUGGAAAACUCCCAGAUUUUUUGGCCGACGUCAAUUUUUUGCAGAAAUUAAAUCUAUCAAUGAAUGAUUUCGAGGGUAUGGUACCGGAAAGAGGCAUCUUCAAGAAUGCAACAGUUGUUUUUCUUCAGGGAAACUACAGGCUUUGUGGCGGCAUACCUGAAUUAUGCCUACACAGUUGCAAGUCCAAAGGGUCUACGAGGAA